AUUCCAGAACUUAAAAAGUGUCAGUUCGGUCAUUCGGCAAAUUUUCGGUCUUCAUUGAUGAUUUAAGAGGAUUUCGUUCUCUCUCGCAGAAUGAGUUGUAAUUGUGUCGCUUUACAUUACUCCUGUUAUUUCUGGUUUUCGUGUGUAGGGCUCAAAUAUUUGACGUUCUCCGUUCUGAUUUUGUUGAUUCAACUGAGCUAUGAUCCUGCAGGUUAAUCAUAAGGGCACUCAUGGGAAAUAAAGUUUCAAUCUUGAAUUAGCAAAAGGAAGCACAUGCCAUUUCCUGUGCAGAUCAUGGCUCUCGGCUAUGUUGUAGCUGCUCUUACUGCUCUUGUUCUUCUGAUAUCGAUCCGGUUUCUAUAUGUUGUACAUCGGAGUGGCAAACUGCUCCAUGGGAAAUCUCAGAGAAGCUAUAGUACCCUCAUUGUUUUAGGCUCAGGGGGUCACACUGCCGAGAUGUUGAAUCUCUUGUCUGUGUUGGAGAAAGAUAGGUUUGCACCUAGAUUCUACAUCGCGGCUGCCACUGACAAUAUGAGUCUCCAAAAAGCUCGCUUGAUGGAGGACUCUCCGAGUGACGCGGCUGGGGUCAAGGUAGGGAAAACUGCAAAGUAUUUGCAGAUAUACCGGAGCAGAGAAGUCGGUCAAUCAUAUGUAACUUCUGUUUGGACGACUUUAGUUGCCACAAGUCAUGCACUAUACCUCAUGAUUCAACUCAGACCAGAAGUGAUCCUCUGUAAUGGCCCCGGGACGUGCAUUCCACUCUGUGCAAUUGCCUUCUUAUUCAAGGUUCUGGGAAUCAGAUGGUCAUCUAUAUUUUACAUGGAGAGCAUAGCUAGAGUGAAAAGACUGUCUCUAAGUGGAUUGCUUCUCUACAAAUUACGAGUAGCUGAUCAGUUUUUCGUGCAGUGGCCACAGCUGCAGAGAAAAUAUCCUCGUGCCGAGUAUGUGGGUUGUCUUAUGUAGGUGAUUAAGGUUUGUGUCUUACACACAGAGAGAAUCAUGUGUCUAAUUCAAAGCAACAAUUAUGAGGCGGCGGCAGCAUAAAUACCGACUUAUUAACAGUAUUCCUGCUCCGGAAUAAGGGAGGCUGAACUGAUUUUACCAGAAGGCGCACAGCAAGCAUAUUUGGUAGUUCUUGCUUCCAAGAAGAUGUAUUUGGCUCGGCUCGAGUAUUGUCGUUACAAGAGGAUAUGCUAAUUAUCUGAACAGUGUAGAGGCUGAAGUACAUAAUUAUCGAUAUGUUGUGUUGAUAUGGUGCACAUUGUGCCUCCGCAUUCGUUUGAAUUCUGCAUGCUGGUUUAGGGGGGAAAAUUGGUGUUUGGGCAGCAUUUGUUCGAAUCCGACCCAAAUCCGAUCUUUGCGAUACCAACCCUCAUUCUUAUAACAUUUUUCAUUAAAUCAAUUUUUAAGGAAUAUACAUUGAGAAAAUUACUGUUUGGAA